AUGGAAGUCUCUUCGGACGAAUCGUUUAAAAAAACUAUUCCUUUGAAUGCUAUUUAUUUAGAAGAAUGGCUUGAAGAAGUUAUUUCUAAAGAGAGUAUUAACCGAUUUGAUUAUGAUAAAUUUGCUGAAAUCAGAAUCCGUUUAAAACAAACACAAAAAUACAAUUUAAUAAAAAUUAUGGAAGUUCCCUUGGAAGAGUCAUAUGAAAAAGCUGUUUCUUUGAACGCUAAUAA